AUGGACUCGAGAGCGCUGAACACGGUUUGGUGGUCUAUUCGCUCGCUCUCUGGGGCACCAGGUGACUGCUUAGGUGAGCUCGUACCACAGUUCAGCGAAUGGGAAGCGCAACAAGGCGGUAUCACCGCUGAUAGCGCACCUCAUAACACGACUGCAACCUCAGCGGACGCUGCGCCGACAACGCACUGUUCGCGAGUCGGCACGGCGGUUCAGGCCUUGUGCCAGGGUCCGUUGCUCGCCGAAAACAAACGAGAAGCUUCCACAGACGCUGGUUUGAAAAGGGGCAGCGCAGCACUUGUGACAAAGCCAGCAACAGCGCCAGCAGUCGCGCUGGAAACCGAAGACGCUGAGGGCGUGGGUUCGAAGGCCUCCACCACACUCUGGACACAACUGGACGCGAUUCGCCAGGCCUGGAGACGAGGAGAUGCUGCAGAACUGAGCAGGAUCAGCGCUGUCGAUCGCGGGCUCCUCGAACAACUUGCCUGGAGCGGCGUGCCUGGUGCGCAACGGGCCCUUGCGUGGAAGGUGCUGCUGGACUACUGCCCGCCGCAACCUUCGCGUCUUCUCCGGAGCGUCAGCCGCAAACGCGACCAGUACUGGCAAGCAGUUGCUGAACUCGGGCUAGUCACUGAUCCCAGACUCGGUAAUCGCCUGUCCUCAGAAGACUGGGCUCGUAAGCGUCAGAUCGACCUCGACGUGCCGCGUACCGCACCCGAAUUUCCGCUCUUCCACACCGGAGCCGUACAACAGGCAAUGACGCGGAUCCUACACUUGUGGUCCGUGCGACAUCCCGCCGCCGGUUAUGUACAAGGCCUCAAUGACAUCCUGGUACCACUGUUGUACGUCUUUUACGCGGACCAGGCUCCAGAGUUUAGCCAACUCGAUCGCACCACGCUUCCGGAAGAUGCGGAGCCGCUGCUGCGCGAGGUUGAAGCGGAUACCUACUGGUGCUUGAGCACACUUCUCGAAGCACUGCAAGAUCAGUAUGUAUUCGGGCAACCUGGUAUUCAGCGUCGAGUGGCGCUACUCGAACGCAUCAUGCAACGCAUUGAUGCUUCACUGUGUGCGCACUUAGCCAAAGAGCAGGUAACCUUUAUGCAGUUUGCAUUCCGUUGGAUGAAUUGUCUCUUGGUUCGCGAGUUUCCGCUUCCGAUUACCCUUCGACUCUGGGAUGCGUAUCUGAGUGAACGCGGCACAUUUGCCGCGUUCCACGUGUAUGUAUGCGCUGCACUUUUGGAGCGUUUUUCGUUGGAUCUUGUGCGCCUGACAUUCCCCGAUCUCGUACUCUUUCUUCAGAAUCUGCCGACCCGAUCGUGGACAGAACAGGAUCUCAGCACGCUUCUGAGCCGAGCCUAUAUGUUCAAGGCAAUUUUCGAGGAUGCUCGUCGGUUAUAG